AUUGAAGAGAGAAUCCGAUGGAUGACAGACAAGUCAACGGUAUCCUCGGUGAACAAGUGCAGACGUGGACAGCGAUGAGCAAUCAGCAGAUCCGAGAAGAGUGGAAACUGCGGAAAGUGCACUUCAAGCAGCAAGAAGAGGUUCUCACCAAAUUGAUCGAAAUCGCGCACGAAAAUGAAAUGCGUAUGCUUGAUGAAAAGCAUGAAAAGGAAAUAAAGGAGAUGAAAGCGAGACACGUGAAGAAGUCGCUGGAGACGUCUCGAGAAAUUGCCAAUGACAAAAGCAUAAAGAAUAAGGCUGAAAAGGACCGACGUGUGAAGGAGACCACAGCCAAUAACACCAAGAAAUUUUUUGAAGAGCGCAAAAUGGCCUCAAUCGUACACGGGAAAGAAAAAGAAAAGCUUUCAGUUGCGCACAAGAAACAGAUGGAAGAAAUCCUCACCGAAGUUCGCAAUGUGAGCUCA